AUGCUGCCGCUGGCGCGCGCCCCUCUCCGCCGCCUCCUGCUCUCCUCGCCCCGAGCCCUGUCGUUCUGCUCCGCCUACACGACCGUAGGCCGCCGCGGCGUCGUCGGCGGCGGCGGCAUCUCACCCCUUCUCCUGAUGCUCUCCGCUCGCCCCUCGGCGUGCCGCGUCGGCGGGGGAUCCCUCCCGGCCGCAGGGGCACCAACCGGGGCCUCCUCGCGAGGCAGGAGCCUCUGCGCCCGCGCCGUCAGCGUGGACGACGAGGCGCCCUCCAGCUCCGCCGCCGGCAGCGUCUACGACCUGGCCGCGCCUUACCUCUCCGUCCGCAUCCGCUGCCGCAAGGAGGACGCCGAACUGCUCUCCGAGUCCCUCCUGUGCUUUGGCGCUUGCUCCGUCACCGUGGACGACAUCGCCGACGCUGCAAAUCUUGACGAGAUCUCCAUAACCACCAUAUAUGCACACGGGGAGAACGUAGGCUCGAGCGUUUCGAGUGCUGCAAGCUCAGCUGGUCUGGACUACAACCCAGUGUAUGAAACCUCUGUAGGAAAGCAGUGCGACUGGGUGACACUUGUGCAGGAAACGUACGAGUCCACGAAAGUUAUCGAUGGCCUUUGGAUUAUUCCUAAAUGGAAAACUCCCCCUCCACAGGAUCCAGAGGCCACAAAUAUCAUCAUCAAUCCAGGCCUGGCUUUUGGAACUGGGGAGCAUCCGACGACUAAAUUGUGCCUUCUUUUUCUCAAGGAAGUUAUUAAGGGGGGUGAGCAUGUCUUGGACUAUGGAACAGGCACCGGAGUGUUGGGCAUUGCAGCUCUGAAGAUGGGUGCUGCUCUAUCCACUGGUAUAGACAUCGACCCUCAAGCUGUAAGAUCCGCUCAUGAGAACAUGCUGCUGAACGGUAUGGAUUCCGACAGAAUGCUGGUUCACUUGGUUCCGGCAGGCGCCGAGCCUUCAUGCUUCUCAAGGAGCAUCGACAAAUCAUCAGAAGAGGAAAAGCCUGGCAGUAACCUUGAGGUGAAGUCCUCAAAGGGGACGUACGACAUUGUUGCUGCAAAUAUACUGCUGAACCCCUUGCUGGAGCUGGUCGAGGACAUAGUUGGAUUUGCGAAAACCGGUGGAACUGUAGCUGUUUCAGGGAUAUUGUGUGAGCAGGUUCCGAAGAUCGAAAAGGCUUACUCCAGGUACUUGGACAACGUAUCUGUAUCUGAAAUGGAUGGAUGGGCGUGCCUUCAGGGAACAAGAAGAGCGUAG